CGCUAACAUACGUUCAAUCACUUUACCCUCCCCUGGUUUUACGCUGCUGAUUAUUAUCUUCAUACGUACGUGCAUUUCAAUGAUCAUUCCAUAUCUCAUCUUUUUCCCUGUUUGUCAUAAUUGACGAUGAAGAACAUUUCGUGAGGUCAAACACAUUCUGCAAUUGUUCUGGUAAUAAUCAACUUCUGUGAUUAUCAGUUUCUUCAUGUUUUAGAACUAGUUCACGACAUUAUUCUUGUUUUUAAUGUGUUUAUUGUUAAUCAUCAUUGUUAUAUAAUUCGAAACCGACAAUCCAUGUACCAUGUUUGUGUUGAAAUCUGUAUAGUAUGGUCCUAGGUAUGCAGCUAUGAUCUUAUUGUUCAUGGUUUUACUCAUUAACAUCAUAGAACUUAAUUGUGGCUAUGAUGCUCUGUUUGGUGUAUUCGGAUGGAAUAAAUGACAAAAUCUUGGCAUAAUAUUUAUUCAGAGUUGUCAUACUCUUGUUCAUUUUAUUUGACCAAUUUAUAUUCCUUUCUCUAGUUACCCAUAUGGAUUGUAUUGUACCGGUUAUGUUGAAGUUGGGUGGAAGUUGGACCAAUGACUAUAGCUUCAACAGUAACCUGAUCUUCGCUAUUCAAGUUCUUUAUUCAUCUACAUACAAAGACUUUAUAGAACAACUUUCUUCCAUGUUAAGUGAUUACUACAAUGCAACAAAUCACUUCAAGUUAUCUUAUAUGGUUGAUGGUUGCCCUCCACCUGUACAUAUCAAUGAUGAAGACACUUUUCGGUUUUUCCUUAACCUUAAGGUUCUUCAUACUGAUUUGAGCAAGUACCCCUUAUGUUUGGAGUUUUCAACUGAUAUUUCUAAGCCUUGCACAGUGCCAACAAUGGAAAAUACCAUACCUGAGAUUUCCCCUUCAUCAUCCCAAGUUUCUUCUACAGAACAUGACAAUAUUAGUGGGCUGAAUUCUGAAUCUAACUCUUACACCCUUGUUCGUCAUGAAUCCAAUGUCUCACCGCGAUCACAAAGUCCCAACAGAAUCAAUGAUGACCUAUGUCAUAGUCCAUGGUCUGAUGUGAGUCCUUGUCAGUCACCUCCUACUCAUUUAAUUCCUAUUGAGUCAUCUUCCUUCCAUCAUAAUGUGGAAGUUAUCACCCAUUAUCAUCUCACUCAGAUCACGAAACAUGCCAUAUACAACUCUAAAUAUGACCUCAAUCACCAUUUGAGGUUGUAUGCGAUUGAUAAUGGAUUUCAAUAUCAAACACGUACAUCCAAGAAAAUUGUUUUGCAUGUUGUUUGUUGUGAUGAGAAAUGCAAAUGGGCUGUCAGGGGUGUGAAGUUACGUGGUGUGCAAAUGUUUCAGAUUAGAAGGUAUGUUCCGAUUUUAUCUGUAUUUUACCAUUCUGAAUGUCUUAUAAUCUGCCACAUUUUUGACAUUUCUGCCAAUGCUGCACAUAUGGUUUGCAGGUUUGACUCAACACAUACAUGCUCCAUGGACUUUAGGCAAGGAAAGCAUAGACAAGCAACAUAUCGCACCAUGCUGAGCUAAUCUCCCAUAAAUUUAUGGAUGCUUCAUGGAAACCGUAUGCACCAAAACAAAUCCGGGAAGAAAUGAGUGUGGCUCAUGGCAUUUCCAUGUCAUAUAAGAAAUCAUGGAAAGCUCAAAAGGUAGCCAUGCAAAGGCAAUUUGGAUCUGAUCUAGAGUCGUAUCAGAAACUACCUUCCAUGGCUUAUAUUCUAGAAAAGACAAAUCCAAAUUCUACAAUUUCUCUAAUAAUUGGUGACGAGGAUGAGUUUCGUUACUUUUUUAUGUCUCUUUCACCUUGGCGGAAAGCAUGGGAUUUUUGCAAACCAGUUUUAAUUGUUGAUGGGUCAUUUAUGAAGGCGUACUAUAAGGGGACACUACUAACAUCUUGCACCCAAGACGCUAACGGUCAUAUUGUACCUUUAGCGUUUGGAAUUUGUGAUUCCGAAUCUAAAGCUUCAUGAAAUUGGUUUUUGAGCCAAGUUCGUGAAUCUAUAACCUUCCGAUCUGAUAUGUUUAUCGUAUCAGAUAGACAUGAAGGUAUUCGUAGUGCUGUUAAAGAUAUUUUCCCUCAUGCUCUUCAUGGAUAUUGUGUUGAGCACCUUAGGCGAAACAUGGUUCCAAAGUUCAGGGGUGCUGGUAAGAAUUUAGGUUGGAAGUUCAAGGCUGCAUAUAUGGCUUCCACACCUAAGGAGUUUGAGGAAUAUAUGUCCUUGUUGGAUUCUGAAGAUGUUCGUAUACGACCUUGGUUUGAAAAGAUUGGCUUAGAAAAGUGGGCUAAGUGCAUGUCAGGUCCGAGGAGGUAUGAUGUCAUGACUUCCAACUGUGCUGAAUCUAUGAACAAUGUUAAUGUCUUUGCAAAGGAGUAUUCUAUAUCAAAACUGGUUGAUUUCUUGAGGGAAAUAAUGCAGCAAUGGUUCACCGAAAGGAAGGAAAGCGCUGAAAAAACACGCACAAUUCUGGCACCCACACGUGAGAAUCAUUUGGUGACCCUUCAAGGACAAGCUUGCAGGAUGCAGGUCAAGCCAGCAUCUUAUAAAGAGUUUGAAGUGGUGGAUAGGCAUUGUCGGUCAUUUGUAGUUGAUCUUAAUUCUAAGACAUGCAGUUGCGGGGAGUUUCAAUUAUCUCAUUUCGUUUGUGUCCAUGCUGUUGCUGCUAUUGCUACCCGCCCAGCCAUGUCAUGCUAUGAUUAUAUAUCCCCAUAUUAUACGCGUGAUUAUUGGUUGUCCACCUGGAGUGCUGUCAUGCACCCUAUAUGUGAUGUAGAGUCUUGGUCGGUUCCUCGUGAUGUUUUGAAUGUUCGCUGCAAGCCGCCUUCAUGUCUAAAAAGACCACCUGGCCGUCCAAAAAAGUCAAGAAUUCCACCAAUUGAUGAACAUCACAGAACCAAGCGUCAGAAAUGCUCCCGUUGUCAUGCUUUUGGACACAACAAGAAAACUUGCCGCAAUCC